UCCUCCUCAUCUGCUGCUACACUUGAAUUUAUGAGCAAAUAUCUCAUCUUGCUCUGUAGGUGUUUUCCAGGGAAUGGCUGAAAUCCUUCUGGCAUAAACAUGUCGUCAUGCAUGUGGCUGCAAUCAUUCCCCUGAAACUUCUGCAUACUGUAACUUUAUUUGCCUUAAUGACAGGCAGGCCAUGGAACAGGCUGCUAUGAAUUAAAUAAAUAUACAACAUUUUAUUUAUACUUUAUAUUACAUUUAUUUAUGCAUUUUUUUUAUCUUUCAACGGCCUUUACGCUCAACCUUAGGUAACCACUACUGAAUUUCACUAACAUUGUUCGUAUAUGUGACAAAAAAAGUGCAUCUCAAGAAAAGUUCAUUUAAACUUCACUGAACCAGACUGAGAUUAAAGGCUCAGGAGUAGAGAAAUGUAAAUACAUUUUGAGAUGCUAGAGUUUUGAUUGAUCAUCAAGAUUACAACAAAAAAAGCUUGAAAUAUUUUACAACGUGUAAUGAACCUAGAAUAUAUGUAUAAACUAUUUUUUAUAUACAUAAUUUUAAUUAAUUAAGCUUUUGUAUGUAGUACUUUUACUUCUUCCACCACCGUAUGUACUUCUACACGAAUCCAUUGUCUCCAUGAUUACAUUUUUUGCUUUAAAUAGCACAGCCGUUUAUCCCAUUGUGUUUCAAACAUUACUUCAACUCGAACACGAUGUUUUCCAUGCUUUUCAUUUUUUCCACCUCUUUCCGUGUGUCAAUUUUCUUGCAAAAGUAUUCUUACAAGUACAUAUUCACCACUUUUGUUUUUGUAGUUGCAGGAUGCUUUAAAAUAAUGAAAAUGCAAGUUUAGGCUCCCAUAAAACUCAAGAUUUUCCUUUUUUAAAGUCUGUUAAUUCUUGAAUCUGUGAUUCUACAAUUGUUUAAUGAUGGAACUUGUGAUACUGCUAGUUGUGAUAGUGACAGACUUGUUGGGUGAAAGGGGAAGGGAAAGUGUGUCAUUUCUGUUUCCAGGCCCACGAGGCUGCUGGGAGCUGACGUCUCUCAGACCAGGUGUAGCCUCACUCUGUCUGUUGGGAAACUGAAACUGUAUAUUUGUUAUUUCUGUAACCUUAGUUAAUGUCCUGAUUUAAAAGUGACUCUCUUUCUCUGUUCCUUUUUUCCAUUACACAAGACUUCACCACUGGGAGCCAAGCUGCGGUCAGUCUGAACCCUGACUCUCGGCCUCCUUUACAACCAGCAGCAUUUACAAUCAGUAUAUCAGGCCCAGACUGUACUCUUUGUAAUAUUAUAUUAUAUUCAUCUUUAUAUUCUCGCCAUGACCGAUUGCAGCGUUUGAAGAAGACCAAAACCUCUUUUCUAAACCGUUUGUGUGGGAUUAGUGCACAUUUUUAUGGUUUUGGAACCAUUAUUUUCAUAUUUGGAAAACAAUGACUGCAUUGUUAAAAUACUCCCACACACAAUCCAGGUUCUUGUUUGCUCAGAUUACCAGUGUGAAUCAGCAGGCCUGAUGUUUGAACAGGGUCUGUUAGUGAUUUAAAGUGAACCCGUAUGCUCACUUGCCAUAUUUCUAUCAUAUAUUCAUCAUGUUUUUAUCACGUCUACAUGUUUUUAUAGUGUUUUCAUCAUAUUUUUGUCAUCUUUUCUUUAUAUUUUUGUUAUAUUUUCAUCAUGUUUUUGUCAUAUUUUCAUUAUCUUGUCAUAUUUUUGACCAGUUCGUCAUGUUUUCCUGUUUUCAUCACAUUUGGGGCGACAGAGAUCUUUACAGACUAAUACCAAAGUAUAACGACUGAGGCUAUAAAUUAUAAAUAAUUAUAAUUACACAUUGAAACUAGUAUUUUUGAAUACGGUCGGCAUUUUCAACAUGUUGAGUGGACUAGUGAUGUUCUACUAAUUAGCAGCAGCAAACAGACUUUGAGAGAAACAUGAUGCUAACUGAGCUGUUUUUGAGCAACACGAUGAAGAAAUGAUUUAUUUAACUGCAACAUUUGCUUCAAAGCAUAAUAGGUGGGUUUCAUGGUUGAGUGGUCAGGAGACCGCAAAAGCGCUGUAUAAAUAAAGUCCAAUUACCACGUAUGGUUCUGUUUAAACACUCGCUGCAUGUGGUUACGGUUCAGGCAAGAUGGUGGUCUUGGUUAAAUAAUGAAAAAGUCAACAGUGACUUUAUUGCCUGAAUCUGAUUACACGCUGGACUCAGGAUGUAAAUUUUAGUCUCUGGUAUUUAAAGUCCUACACUGUAUGUUUUAAUGCAGUACAUUGAGCAAAUACUACUAUUGAAAAUAUACAAGUAAAGGAUGCAGGGCUGCAUUUUUUCCAUGUGAUUAACAAAUCAAAUUAAGAAACCAAGUUUCUGCUGCCAAAGCAAAGAGCAAAUGUUAAGACAGUUUUGCAAAGAAAUGUCCCGAAGACAAGAAAUGACUCUCUGACCAAAACCCAGAUAGUUACUAUGAAAACCUGACCACCCAGAUCCAGCACAUACAGGACCAAACAUCUGGAAUUAGAGCAGAUACAUGGAACUGAUCAACUUCUAAAUGACUGGCGAGCUCGUGUGGGAGCUGACUGUGGAUGAACAUUUGUAAUUGCUCUCAGCCUGAGCUGCUUUUGUGCAAACUAACCUCCAGGCGCUGCGUGUCUGGAAGCGUAACUUUCCUAGAUUUUAUUUUGGAAUGAAACACUUAAGUCUGUCUUCUAAAGAAAGCUACUUUUUAACCAUCUGCCAAGGUCACGUCGGGCAGCUGCAGGCAUGGCUGACACAACUGACAGCCAAUCGUCUGAACCUGACACUUCAGCCAAUCAGGAGACAGAGAGGGGAGAGAGAGCCCGCUCACUUCUCUGUGUGUUACAGGGGUAAACUGUGCCAAACAGCCAGCAGUCAUUUCCACGGUGGAGUCUGUUUGCAGUCAGGCGGUUUUCCGUCGCUGCCAUGAAGUUGCCCCGAUGAAAGAUCCUCUAGUCUAUAUAAACAACUGAGGCCAAACCGAGACAGUUUGGACAGCGUGGACACUUGCAGAUAUUAUGGACACAAAGAUUUUGUGGAACAGUAUGAGCUGUCGUAUCCCCAUGUUUCCUUUGGGAAUGUGUGGUUGUGUGGCAAAAUCUGUUCUCUGCUGUGAAAGUACGAUCUUAAAUCAAGUAACUUUUACUCUCUAAAAUGUUUCCCGUAAAGGCAGUAAUUAGGUUUUUCCUCAGAAUGCAAAUGGCACAGAAGAUUAGUCACACAUGCUGUCUGAGCUCUAAGUGUAAACAAGGUUGUCAUGACAUUGUCUUGAUGUGAUCAUACUGGAUAUGAAGUGUUCAUAGCUGUUGGAGAAGGGAGACGCGCCAUUGUCUAAACGUGGGGAUAGCUGCGCAGACUUUCAGACAUCCGUAGUGUGGCACUCAACAACACUGACUUUAGACUUAGCCACGCACAUCUGACCAGUCACGAUGAAGGGGGGGUUAGUUGUCGUGUUCAGAAAGUUGAAAAAAUGAUAUCGCAGAGUGUCAGGUUCAAGAAGUCCUGCCACAGGUUAAAUAUCUCUCAGCGUGUGAGCAUUUAAUAGCUGGAGGUCUGCUCACUUCUCACUAGAGUAGUAAAAACUUCUUAUUCUAUUUAUAUAUCGUUUAUUCUAUUCUUCAUGUUCAUUAAAUGAAUGUCCAUUGAACUUGUUCAGUCCUAAAAUUGCUCAGAAUGACAGACAGUUUGAACACCUGCCGUCCAGUGACAACUGAGCAAACUUCAUCUGCUGAUGAAGACCCUGUGAAACAGUGGAAAGCGCCGGAAUAAGCCAGUUGAGCACGUUGCUGUCUGUUAGUGUGUACGUGCUGAGCGGCAUUAACCCUCUAACAGCAGAUGUUGCAGGUAUGAGAUAAAGUGAAAACAGAGUGCCGGAGAGAGAGAGAGAGCAGGUCACAUGAGGUGAGUAAAUAUAGAUCACGUCUUUACCUCCUACGACACCAUAAACGCCACACUGAGGCCCAGCAGGCACAAACACAAGAAGGAAAAUACAGACAGUGAACGCUUUACACUUCUGGCCUACACAGUACAAAGGUCAGGCCCCAUAACUUGCCUCACUUUCUGCACAAAUACACUGACUUCUCUAUCUUUUCUCUGCCCAACUUUAUCUUUUCUACCUUUAAAGGAGUCAGAGAAACACACAGAGCGAGAAAAGAGAGAAGGCUUUGAGGAAAGAGAGAGAAAAACAGUUGUAGUUACCAGAAAGUGAUUCAUGUCUGUGUCGGUGUGUUGAGCUGUGCUGCCUCGCUUCACCCUGACAAGGACACGCACACCCACACAAACACUAUCAGUUUUACUGGAUCUCGGCCAAACUACGAUCUGCUGUAGAGGCCAAACAGUCUGCGCUCUGCAGCACACGGGAAGCAAAUUCAGCUGUCGCUAACCGCGGUGCCGCAGGAAAACUGUGACGUAUUGGUGGUCAAAAACAGCAGGAAAUUUACUUUCAGGCACAUUUCUGUUGUUAUUUUUCCUUGUUGUGUUUUCAGUAGACCAACUGGAGGAAACCCAAAGCUGUUUAAGUGUUGCUGUGUGGGUCUGAGCAGAGCCCCACGCUGUCUAUCUGUUUUAAUUAUCUUCAUGGCUGUUUCAGGGAGGACGAACAACUACAGUGGAGAACAAACGUGACCAUGCAGGCACCUGAGCCAUGUUUAAUAGACCUUUGAAGUGCUGACUUUCAGCUGUAAUUUGAGUUGACAUCCAUUUUGUGUCAACUAUGCUGAACUUGCUUCAGGCAGGACUGUGAUCGAUUACUAUUAAUUACCUAUGUUGAGGGACUGAAUUAGGCAGAUUCUACAGCUGCAGGGAAACGUCUGCGAAACCUUUGGAAUGAUAAGAUAAGAUAAGAUGUACUUUAUUGUCCCCGAAAGGAAAUUUGCUUUGGACUCUGUCCAUUCUGCAGCUUUACAAGACAACAAAAAACACAGAAAUAAAUCUCUCACACAUAUUCUCAUGCACCACAACACAUGCUGUCACAUACAUCAGACAGUUACCUUUAUAGUAGCACAGUGACUCCUUCUACCAGUUCUGAUUGAACAACCCUGUCGGCUGCAUUCCCCGCAAUGCAGAACAACCCCAACAGCCUACAUAUUGCACAAAUGACACAUUUCACAUAACCUGUGCAAUACUUGAUGACAUACUGAACAAUCCAGCAGCCUACAUGUUAGUGUUGAUAAGCUUAAUGGACAUAGGCACAAAUGAGUGUUCAUCGGUUUAGCCUGCAUUUAGGAACACUAAAUCUUCUACCAGAGGGUAAAAGCUGAAAUGCCUUUGUUUCAAACACCAUCUCCUCAGUCUUGGUCACAUUUAGCACAGGACAGUUGUCCUCACUGGACAAAUUUCCCUAUGAUACGCUGCUGGGCUUCUAUCUUUGUGCAUAAGGCCGAGGAUCGCGGUACCGUCUGAGAAUUUGAUAAUAUAAUUGUCAGCGUGGACCGAGCAGCGUCAAAUCUCCACUUUCCUGCCGGUCACACUGAACGUUACAGACAGGCUGCGCUGUAACGCAGGCUGAAACAUGUCUUAGGUGUGGACAUUAUUCACACACCAACGCUCACUACUCCUGCAGAGGAACACAGAAAGAGACGCGGUGGACCGUGUCAAGCAGGGAGCAGGUGAAGCAACACUGCUGGUGACGAUCAGCAUUCAGACCACGUGGUCUCUGUCGGUAAUUAACAAGAAGCCUCCUCCACGCGCGGCUCAUCUGCUGCUGGGAAAAACCAAACAUGAGUUCUUUUAAAUAAAACUGCUGACAGAUAAAGUCAGAGCAGCCAGACAGACAGACAGGUGCAGGUGAGCAGAUUACUGUAGUUUGUGAUUAAGCACAAAAAUAAAUUAGAAUUAAAAUGGGGUGCACUUUAUUUCCAGUGAACUCCCAUCGUAGUGCAGGUCACAGAUCUUCAUCUCAGUCACAACAAUAGACAAACACAGUCUGCUUAAACUAAAGCGACACAAACAAUUACAUGUUUUAUUGAACACAUUCACAGUGCAGGGUGGGGAAAGUAUGUGGACGCCAAUGACUUCAGGAGUCAGCCAACUUGAAGUAGCAUACAUUACAUACACACAUACAUUUUGUGGUCUAACAAUUUCUUCAGAAAUGCAGCUCAUUUAAAGGCUUCACAUAAUUUUUCCUGCAAAUGUAUAUUUUUCUUAAGCUCUGCCCAAAGCGUAAACUGUGCUCUGCCGAUCAGACUCUGUCGGCUCAGAAACAGUCUGACUGUCUCUACGUGUCAUGAGCGAUUAAAAAAGGGAAAGCAAAUUCACAACGUAGUGGAGCUAACUAGCAGAGUUUGAGGAGCAAAACCACACAUCAACCACAUCAACGCCAGCAUUCCCAUAAACACCCACACGUCCCAACUCCUUUUCAUCACUCUUGCAUUCUGCCCCCCCCCACCACCACCUUUCUCUGUCCUGCCUCCUGAUCUCCUUCCUCCUCUCCAUACGGCGGAUUUCCCUAUCGUGGCUUCCCCACAACGCUUGAAAUGUCUCUUCAGCAACUGCAAGCCUCGUACAUCUUUCUGUCUGGAUCAUCAGUAAAUCACUUAAUGGUACCUGUUGAGUGUGCGGCCCUUGCUAAUGAAAUGUGAACCAAUCCUUGGAUUCACCGUCUCUCUGCUGGUUCUUAGAUUAAAGAUCAUUUCAAAAUUACAUUAACAAAGUUCCUCCUGUCGUCACACAGGUUGCAUGUUGAACUAGACAAAUAUGAUGAGAUAAAAAAUGAACCUUCAUUGUUCCCAGAGGGAAAAUUCAUUCAUUGCAUCGACACAAAUAUUUAAACAGGUACAUGUAAAACUAUAAUUGGCAGAAUCUGCAAUUAAAAUAAGACUAGAUAUAAAAUUAGAAACUAUGCAAGAGCAAUUAAACUUCCAAGGCAAGCAGCUGAGUUUGACCACGAGGACACACAGAGGUGCUGCCAGGUCCAAAUAAACAUGUAGUCUGAUCUCAGUAUUAUCUGAUUCUCCUGUCUUGUGUCAUGCUUGUGUUAGGACAAUACUUCCCAUUGUGGUCAGUUAAUUGUUGGUUUUGGUCUUUUCAUGUGACUAAUUUGAAGGUUCAGUUUGUCAAACGUCCCCUCUGACUCCUGCCAGGUGUUUGUUCCCCUCACACACCUACGCACACGUUUAUUCUGUGCAAACCACAAAAUCUCGGUCUGAGAUUCACUUCCUAUUUUUCCCGAAAUGUGAGUGAGAGUGAAGCUUUAACAGCAGCUCAGUGCAGCAGCAGCAGCUGUCCGGUAAGUUUGUCAAAUCUUCCCUCUGCAAUAAGUUAGAAUAAUGUCAUAAUAUAGAUUGUAUCGCAUUAUCUAUUGUUAUGACUGCAUUAUAGAGUAAUAAAGAAGUGUACUAUUAAAGCACCAGCAGAGGUUCCUCUGAUGUCUGAGGGGUGGUGAGAUGAUUAAUGGGAGAGGAAAUAAGAAAAAAAAAGACCCAACCUUCUAAAAAAAACAGUUAUUGAAAUGAAAACGUGUGAGAAGUUUAGAGGGGAAAUUUUUUUGUGUGUAAAUCUGAUAAAAACUCAGACAUCUGAAACGUGGCGAGGAGAAGCAACUAUCAACCCUGCGUCACGCCAAAGAGCAUCUGGCAAAACGUCCCACCGACACGGCGUCCUCGAGUAGAUUUACACACUUUAGAGACAGUUUUCUACACAAUCUUAACAAUGUGUUGGAUUGUAUAAACUUAUUUAACUUAAAAUCUUAUUCUGAAGAGUAACUGUCAGUACAAGAGUACAAGUACAAAGCAGCAUAAGAUGGAAAUCUGGGUGAUCCUGGGACAAAAUCUUCGGUGGUCUAAUUUGGGUCAGUUUAGGGGUCCUUGAUGAGAAUAAGUUAGUAAAGUUCCCCACAACCAGUUUCAGUGUAGUCCUUGAGUAAAUGUUGUUAGUUAGUUGUCUGUCAUGUUACUGCUUGGUAUUUUAUUGAUCCCUGUUUGGUGUUUGAUCAGAGGCGAUGUGGUGCUCUGUGCUGCCCCUGCUGGUCAACCUGAGUCCUGCGGUUCUGUUCCUCCUGCAGCUGCCCGGCUGCACCGCCACACGGGAAGGAACCUGGGAGGACUACAAAUAUGGAAACCAAGGCUCGGAGCUGCAAGAUAAAAAGCACUUCUGCUCCUGGAAAUGCCUCCUGUUCACUCUGCAGUGGCCCGCAGGUUUCUGUCAGUCUUUGAACAAAGAGACUCUCUGCAGGAUUCCUCAGAACAUCAACAACUGGACCAUCCACGGUCUGUGGCCUCUUCGGGUGAAGAGUUGCUGCGACUGCUGGCCGGUGUUCCACUCAGACGUCCAGGAGCUGGAGGCGGAGCUGACUGAACACUGGCCGUCCUUACUGAAAGUAAAAUCCAGCUUCCACUUCUGGAGAGAGGAGUGGGAGAAACAUGGCGUGUGUGCAGCAUGUGUGGAAGGAAUGAACUCGCCGCUCAGAUUCUUCCAGAUCUGCCUCAAACUACGAGGACGGUUCGACAUCUACAAAUUGCUGGAGGACGCUGCCAUCACGCCGUCCUGUGAACGACCAUACAAGGUUGCGGAGGUUCAGCAGGUCCUGGCUCCACAUCUGGGUGACAAACAUGAGCUCCAGUGUGUUACAGACGACAAGGACAGAGAGGUGUGGUUUCAGGUGAAGAUCCCUCUGUCUCGCAACCUGACUCUAGGCUGUCAACACCACAGCGACGCUAACGGGGACCCAGCGUCCGGGUCUGGCCCAGGAUGGAACCCCUCCUCUGGGCAUCCCUGCCCUUCUCAAGUCCCUUUCUACUACUUCCCCAUUGACCAUGAGGAGCCACGGCGGCCCUGCAGCUAACAGAACCACGGCCACCUGGAAAACCUCAACAUCAGCUGGCUGUCCAACUCUGGAGUUUGAAUGCGUGUUGUUAGAGUAACAGCAGUUAUUGCUGCACACUAAAUACUAUAAAUAAAUAAAUGCCAAUGAUGACUUUAAAGUUUGGAUCCAACCCGAUUCAUCGAGGUCAGCAGCUCAGCAAACAAAUAGAUGAAGAAUUCAAAUGUCCUGUUUUAAAGAAAUGUUUUUGGCUCCGAACCACCAAUUAAAUCACUUUUACACUUUCAUGUACUUUCAUUGAUUGGUUCUCCAGCUGACGAGUGUUCCUGUUUAGUUGCCUUUCAAGUAUUUAACAGAACACAAAGCACACGGUGAGUCUGGACAUUUGACACUGAUCAGCCAUAACAUUAUGACCACCUGCUCAUCCUGACCCGUCGAGGCCUGGACGACGGCCAGGUCUGCUCUGUGUGUUCUGACUCCUUUCUAUCAGACUAUCAGAACCAGCAUCAACUUCUUCAGCAGUCUGACCUCCAGUAGCUCGUCAGCCUUCGCUCCCCAAGUGCAUCAGUGAGCCUUGGAAGUUGAAAUCUCCGACUUCCAACCUCAAAGUGUUUCAGGUGCAUGACGCUAAACGUAAACAACAAACUUGGCUGACCGUGACAAACUUAUGUUUCUUUGUCAAGUUCAUGCGCAGUUAAACCCUCAGCAGGCCACUUGGUAUAAUUAAAAGGAUGGACAUUGCAUUAAAAAUAAGUGAUUAAUAUACAUAACUUGUUAACUGUUUAUCCUUCUAGCUACAUCAGUUGGUAAUCCUCAAAAGUCUGUAUUUCCUAAUGUUUUCACAUUUUUAACAUUUUCCUGAAUAACUUUUGGGUAGAAAAGGCGACUUUCAGAGAUUGUUUACUGUAACCAGCAACCAAAUAACAUUAAUUUACAUGCAGAACAAGUUUUACUAUUUGAUAUUAGUAUGUAUUAAUUUAAUACUUUGUCGUUGUUGUGCGAUGUCAUUCGGCUGCUACUCGUGAAGUCGGGCUACAUAUUAUUUCUCAGAGUCCACGAGUUGGAAAUCCGACUUAAAUGGCGUUUCCGUGGUACUUUUUCUAGUUGGAGGUUGGAAAUUUCCCAGUUCCGAGUUGCCUGAGACGCAGCAUUACUACUGGUCCCACAUACACCGUCCUGCUGGCCCAAAUACUCACUGGAGCACCACAUGUGGAUUCAUCCACCAUUGAAAAUAGUCCCCAAAAAAAGCGGUUUUAGGAAAUUACUUUUUUGACAUUCAAACAGCAGAGACCUGAAAGUCAUUUAUAUUUUUAAGAUGUCACCACAGUUGUGAGCAGUGGCGGCUGUUGCAUCUGAGAUUCAGCUUGUGAACAUGCAAAAAAGAAACACGACCGUUUCCACAAUGUCCCCAUCUGCUUACAAUGAAACACUCUUAAUCCAAUAGUCCCUCCUCACAACUCAGUGUUUGUUGACGCUGAUAAAAAUAUAAAUAAAACCAGACCCAUACUCAUAAGGCGUCUGUACUCUGUGAGAUCAUGGUCUAAUCAAUAAAGAUAAGGAUAAU